UUUAGGCUCCCCUGCAGUCUCGUGUCUGUCAUCCCAGCAUACACCCGAUGGAGCACGAAGCCGUAUUCAUUCGUAUGCGGGGCGGUGCGGAAAUUUACAACCGCACCUUCCCCUUUUGGUAAAGUCUAUGCUCAGUACCUGCAGAGGCGAAUAGGGAUGAGUGCCCGGAUCCACUGCGGUAUCACCGGGUCCACGGUGCAAUAGAUUGCAUUCUCCCGAGAACCGGAUCCUGUCAAGUAAUCGACAGCCGAGUACAAAUAGUACUAAGCUCCACUCCAUCCCGUCGUUCCCUUUUCCGCCACUUGACAAUCUACUCGGUCCUCGGUUGGAUGAAUCUAUCGGGAAGAGCUUGCGCUAUCGCGAUGUGGGUAUUAGGGGUUUUCCUCGCUGCGACUGUGGCUGUGGCCGAUCCGACGGUGACGGUAGUGAACGGCACAUAUGAAGGACUUUACCUCCCGUCGUUCGAUCAAGAUGUUUUCCUCGGGAUACCAUAUGCGCAAGACACUGGAGGCCAUAACCGCCUUCGAAUCCCGCAAUCCCUGAAUGAGACCUGGAAUGGAACACGGCCAGCCAAAGCUUACGGCGAUUCAUGUCCGGAUUUCACACCAGAGGUAGACGGCUUCUAUGGUAUGAGCGAGAACUGCCUCAGCAUCAACGUCGUGAGACCGGCCGGAAUCUCCCAAGAUGAAUCCCUCCCAGUCGCCUUGUGGAUCCACGGCGGGUCUUACCAAGUUGGCACCAGCGCGCUCCCGUAUUACAACUUGACGUACAUUGUUCAAAGGUCCGUGGAGAUCGGCAAGCCUAUCGUUGCGGCAAGCAUCAAUUAUCGAAAAGGCGGCUGGGGGAUGAUGUACUCGAGGGAGAUUCAGGGCACUGGAAAUACGAAUCUGGCUUUGAGAGAUAUGCGCAAGGGCCUUGCGUGGAUCUCGGAGAAUAUUGAGGCGUUUGGGGGGAAUAAGGACAGUGUCACGAUCUGGGGAGAGUCGGCGGGCUCUUUUGCUAUCGGUCAAUUGCUCAUGUCUUAUGGCGGGCGAACUGAUGGUCUUUUCCACCGCUCGAUCCAGGAAUCCGGCUCCGCGGCCACUGCCUGGUAUAACGGCUCAGACUGGUACCAGCCAAUCUAUGACAAGAUCGUCCAGCAAACCAACUGUACCGAUUGGCCUGACACCCUCGAAUGCCUACGUACUGUACCCUAUGAGACUAUCUUCCCGUUCAUGGACAGCUCUAAAGUUGGCGGCCCCGGCUUCUACCCCACCGUCGACGGCGAUAUCAUGCCCAACUAUCCCACCGAACUCCUGCACUCGGGUCGCUUCGCCCACGUCCCCCACCUCUACGGCAGCACCUCCGACGAAGGCACAGAUAACGCGCCACCGGGCGUUAUCAACACAGAUCAAGACCUAUACGACUACGUCCUCGGCAGCACAGGCUACGACUUCCCGCCCUCCGUCGUCCGCAAGAUCAUGGAACUCUACCCAGACGAUCCUACCCAGGGUGUCCCGAUCAACACGGGCACCGAGCGCUUCGCAGAGCUAGGCUACCAGUUCAAGCGCAUCGCCGCCAUCGUCGGCGACGUCUUCUACCACGCGCCGCGCAUGGACGACGCGCGCUGGUACUCGAAAUACGCACCGACCUACAUCUACCGCUUCAACACGCGGCCCUGGCUCAACAACACCAACGCGACCUACACUGACUACACGGGCUCGCUCGCGCCGGCCUACAAGGGUGUCGAGCACUUCUCCGAGGCCAGGUUCCUGUUCGCGAAUCCGCAGUUCGUCGGCCCGUGGCCGGAGUAUGAGGCAUUGAGUGAUCAGAUCAGUGCGCAGUGGGUGCACUUUUUCAAUGGCGGCGAUCCGAAUGGCGAGGGGCUACCAGAGUGGCCGCAGUAUAGUGAGGGAGUGAAUGGGCUGAACCUGGUGAUUCAGGCAGAAGGGAGAGGCUAUAAUGGCAGCUAUGUGGAGGAGGACACGUAUCGGUUGGCGGGACGGGAGUAUUUAACGAAAUGGGCGCGGAGGAGGCACGUGUAAAAGCAAAGAGAGGAGCACAUCUCAACGAUGUCCUCCUCAUCGUCAACCCCUAAUCCAUAAUCCAUA